ACGCGCUCCCGAGGACAAUCAUCUCACUUUACCUUUUUCAUUUGACAACCAAGAUGGCCAGCAACAACGUCUACCACGGCCAAGCCGCCUUUGAACCGACGCUCGACGUCAAGCCGCACACGUACGACGCCAAGCCGUUCGACGAAGAGUACGACGUCGAGAUCCAGGUGACGCACUGCGGCGUCUGCGGCUCGGACCUCCACACUCUCACGGGCGGGUGGGGUGAAAUCACCUACCCGAUGGUCGUCGGGCACGAGAUCAUCGGGCACGUCGUUCGCACGGGGUCCAAGGUCGACGCCAACAAGUACGCGAUCGGGACGCGCGUCGGUGUCGGCGCGCAGUGCGGCAGCUGCCUCGACUGCCAGCAGUGCGACCGCCAGCGCGAGCAGCUCUGCGCCAACGUCAUUGGCACCUACAACGGCAAGACCGCGGACGGCUACACGACGCAGGGCGGGUACGCCGACUACUACCGGUGCCACUUCAACUUUGUCGUGCCGAUCCCCGACGCGCUGCCGUCCGAAAUCGCGGCGCCCAUGAUGUGCGCGGGUGUCACCACCUACUCGCCGCUCAAGACGCACGGCGCAGGUCCGGGCAAGAAGGUCGGUGUCCUCGGCAUCGGCGGCCUCGGCCACCUUGGGAUCCAGUGGGCGGUGGCCCUCGGCGCGGAGGUCACGGCCGUCUCCUCCUCGAACCGCAAGGAGCAGGAAUGCAAAGACGUGCUUGGUGCGCACCAUUUCCUCAACUACAACGACGCGGCGGCCGCGAGCGCUGCCAAGCACCAGUUUGACAUCCUCCUCUGCACCUCGUACGGCGACGACACCAACUGGGGCGCGCUCUUCGACCUCGUCGCGACCGAAGGCAAGUUCAUCCUCGUCGGUCUCCCCGAGAAGCCGAUUGCGUUCCAUGCGUUCUCGGUCGUGCCGCGACAGAUCACGUUUGUCGGAUCCCUCAUCGGGUCGCCGGCGCAGAUUGAAGAGAUGCUGGCGUUCGCCGUCGAGAAGAACGUGCGCUCGAUCGUGCAGGUGAUGCCGAUGGCCGAGGCCGCGACCGCCCUCCACAAGGUCCACAACGGCCAGGCGCGCUUCCGCAUCGUGCUUGAAAACUAA